AGGGUCUGAUGCUUUCUGUGUUGCAUGGCCUUGUCAUGAACAGAAAGCUGUAGGAGGUGGUGAAGCUCCUCUCAUCUGUGUGCAUGCUGUGUCUGAGCCUGUGAUAAUGAGAGGGUCCCAACAACACUCAUGCUCUCUCUCUCCCUUCUCCACCUCUGUUACACUUUCUGCUCUCCUUUGGAUUAUUGCUCUUCUUUGAUGGUGAAGACGUCUGAGGAGAACUGACAGAAGAGCUGCAAAGUGGAAUUACUGUGCAACAUUUUUCUUCUUUUUUUCUGUCCCCAACUUUUUCCUCCCUGAAGUUGGUUUUAGUCAUCAUCCCAUCUGUAUUAGAGCUUCUCCUGUUGGAAUAAUGCCUUCUUGCUGCAGAGGCUCCUGGUUUCCAGUGGUAUGUGGUGCUGCGCUGGUUGUUCUGACUGCUGGAAAUGCUGGACCGAACCAGGACAGGAGGCAGGCUGGGUCUUCCUCCUGCUAUGGAGGAUUUGAUCUCUACUUUGUUUUAGACAAAUCUGGGAGUGUGCAGAAUCACUGGACUGAAAUCUACCGCUUUGUUGAACAUCUGGCUCAUAAAUUCAUAAGUCCACAGUUGCGGAUGUCCUUCAUUGUGUUCUCCACAGAGGGAAGAAUCCUAAUGGGCCUGACAGAAGACAGGGAACGCAUUCGUAAAGGUCUGGAGGAGUUGCAUGGGGUACUUCCUGGAGGGGACACCUUCAUGCAUGAGGGCAUCUUGAGGGCCAGUGAGCAGAUCUACUAUGGAAACACUGAAGGUUACCGCACUGCCAGUGUGAUCAUAGCGCUCACAGAUGGAGAGCUGCAUGAGGAUCUCUUCUACUACGCUGAGAGAGAGGCCAAUCGCUCCAGAAGUCUCGGUGCCUCCGUGUACUGUGUGGGGGUGAAGGACUUCAAUGAGACACAGCUUGCAAAGAUUGCUGACAGUAAGGAUCAUGUCUUCCCCGUCAAUGAUGGAUUUGAAGCUUUGCAAGGGGUCAUUGAUUCAAUCCUGAAAAAGUCUUGUAUUGAGAUCCUGGCUGCAGAGCCUUCCAGUAUCUGUGCAGGAGAGUCCUUCCAAGUCGUAGUACGAGGAAAUGGAUUUCUACAUGCCCGCAAUGUGGAUAAGGUCCUGUGCAGCUUCCGCAUCAAUGACACCCUUACAAAGAUGGUGAAGCCUUUGGUUGUGGAAGAUACAUAUCUCCUCUGCCCUGCACCAGUGCUCCAAGAUGAGGGGAUGGCAGCAAACCUUUAUGUCAGUAUGAACGAAGGAAUCAGUUUCAUCUCCAGUUCGGUCACAAUUACCACUGUGGGCUGUUCUGAUGGGACCAUCCUGGCCAUUGCUCUGCUCAUCCUCAUGCUGCUCCUGGUCUUGGCUCUCCUCUGGUGGUUCUGGCCUCUCUGCUGCACUGUGAUCAUUCAUGAGCCGCCACCGCCACCUGUGGAGGAGAGUUCGGAUGAUGAAGACUGUGAAAGCCCCAAGAAGAAAUGGCCAACUGUAGAUGCCUCGUACUACGGAGGAAGAGGAGUUGGAGGAAUUAAAAGGAUGGAGGUUCGCUGGGGUGAGAAAGGCUCCACUGAAGAAGGAGCAAAGCUGGAAAAGGCCAAAAAUGCCAAAGUGAAGAUGCCUGAGCAGGAGUUUGAAUACCCCCCCAUGCGGGUUCUCAACAAUGGCAUGCACAAACCCCCGGGGCCCCGCAAGUGGUACUCACCCAUCAAGAGCAAACUGGAUGCAUUGUGGGUGCUUUUGAGAAAAGGCUAUGACCGUGUGUCUGUAAUGAGACCUCAUCCUGGAGACAAGGGCCGAUGCAUGAACUUCACCCGCACAAAAUCUCCCCCUCCUCACUAUCCGCACUACAACCACUCAUCUCCCAUCUACACGCCUCCACCUGCCCCUCAGGGCAGCCUCCCACCAACCCCCAGCAGCCCCUCAUCAUCACCAUUAUACAACUUCUCCACCCUGCCACUACUUCCUCCAACACCUCCACCCAGCUCCACCACUCCCUCCCCUCCCGCCACGCCUCCCCCUUACACACCGCCUCCAAACCGGGCUCUUCCUCCAACCAACCUGAACAUACCUGCCCCGCCAUCAUUUCCCCCGACUCCUCCACCUUCUUGCUCCCCGACUGGUUCUCUGCCACCUCCGCCACAGGGACCUCCUCCCAAUCGAGCCCCUCCACCCGCUCGUCCACCGCCUCGCCCUGGCCUGUAGGGCCCCAGCAGACGGAGAGAGUUUAACAUGAUUUAAAAAACUCUGAGGCAGUCAGCACAUGACCAUCCUUGAUUGUACCUGCUUGGAGCACAGGUGUGAUGUUGUGCUCUGUGGCCUUCCUGCCUUGUGAAGAGGCGCAGUGAGGACUUGUUUUCUGCUAUUUGUCUACAGUGACUUUUGUACACAUUUAGCCCAACAGUGCAAUUGAUCUAAUGCUUGAAUCACACAGACAUUCCCUUCAAAUGAGGUCAAAAACAUUUGCAUUCAUUCAUGGUCUUCAGAGCUACUUAAGGCCAUAUCAUUCCCUCAAUGAGAAAAAAAAGUUGAAUGAAUCUUGAACCAGCGGAGAAACAAGAGACUGAACUCUGUACAAACCCUCAACAAGGAGCCCAGUCGUGGUCAAAUUGGUCGCAGCAGUGAGAUAUGUUCCUGAAUUUGUGUGUUGCACUCUUGUCUUUCCUGAUGAAAAUUACAAGACUUUUAUUGCAAAUGUUUCACACACAGCCGAUUAAGAAGAAUCGAAAAAUUCUUGUUUUUGUACAUUUUGUACUCUUGAAUGUUAGGAAACUGCAUGCAAAGGUGUUUGAGUCAGCAUUUUUCUUUUUUAAACUUCCACCUUGUUUUGUAACACAAAUAUGUUUUAUACUUCUUAUUGUUGAGAAACAAUUUUUUAGAGUUUGUUAAGGUUAGAAGAAUAGUCAUUGCUGAUAAAGACACGUGCACUAAGCAUAUUGAAACAGCAAUGCACAAUCUGCUACAUCAUAGCUGGCCUAUUUUUGUGCACUUCAGAGUUACAAUGAAGUUUGAUUUAGACACUAAAGCAGCCUUAUUUUAAAAAAAAUGACGAGACCAAAACGACUGCAGUCAAGUCAGAUGUUGAAUAUGCUCAGUCUAACAAUAUGUGGGUGAAGAAAAAGUCAGCCAGGGAAAAGUUUUGCACAUAGUCGUGUUCAUCAAACUACAGCCUAAACAUAUAUGUAAAUACUAAUUUUGAUUAACAAUCUGUGUGAGUGUUUGAAAGAGAGAUACUGUGCAAAAAGUGUGUGUUCUUGACAGCCAGUUGAGUCAAUGUGCCUGAUAUAUCAGCUUUAACAAAGGCAUUUGGUUAAUUUGCACAAGAUUCAUAUGAAGUGGAUUAGUAUCAGCUGUGCAGUGCAGUUUACAAACUAGGUUAGUUUGCACCAAAAAAAACCUUGGAUUGUAAACACCUUUUUUUCCAUUCUUAAUGAAAGUAAACACUUCAAAUGUA